UUCUGCGACAUCCAAUCUGAAGGGGAGAGAAAUGCUGCAUCCUAAUCUUCUUCUUCUUCUGUUGGACUCAUCAUCCUCCUUUAAGGAGUUCUACUCCUUCAAGUCAUGCCUCAUCCCUGUUGUCAGCAUCCACAUCCAAAGCCAUUUACCUUCUCAAGUGGACCUCCCGCCCCUCUUCCAACCCCACGUCAACUCCUAUCCAUCACCUGUGCCCUCCCCAACUCCACGACCAACGUCACGCUAACCCAUGCACGACAAGUGCAUGCAUUCCUCCCCCCCUCCUCUUCCGUGUCCCUGCCUUCGGUUACCAUCCCUCUCUCUGUCCUAAAGCUUGAUCGUGGCUUUCCACAUCGCCCUCCCCUCCCUAAUUAGCAUCUCCCCCUUUGAAACAAAGCGACAGGUGCUAAUCCAACAUGAUGCACCGAUCCGUGUGCUGUCAAUCCACCGAGAUCGCGAUCAUGGUGUAAUCGAUGGUUCACUACAGAAAACAGACGAAGAUUAAAGGGCCUAACGUUUCGUACCUCUAGGACACCUGUCCAAUGCUCAUUUGCUCUCGGUGCUCUUCUGUGUUCUCUGGGCUCGGGUCUCAAUCAUGCAUUGCUGACGCGCGUAAUGCGGGUGACAAAGACGAGGGUGUUUUGGGUAGUAGAACUCGAAGCACACGCUUUAUGCGGAGAACCGACGGUCCAGAUCAUGGAUGUCCUCCAUCCAACGGCAGAGAGCAUCCGGUUAACCUCGAAGACAUCCGGCGCCGUUGUCCGAAUUCCCAUUUUACCCUUGGCAGGCCGCCUCCCCACUAAACGACAAAACCCAACGUUGAUAUAACCGUGCCCUCCUCCUCGCUCAAGAUUCCGGGUCUUCUUCCUCCGGGUGAAACGGAGCAGCAGCAGCAGCUAAGAUUAGAAGCUUAGCGUGGAGUUGGAGCCAUGUCGAGUGCAGGUAUGUUGCUUCCGCCGGGGUUCCGCUUCCACCCCACCGACGAGGAACUCAUCCUUCACUACCUCGGCAACCGAGCCGCCUCGCUGCCGUGCCCCGUCUCCGUCAUCGCCGAGGUCGACAUCUACAAGUUCGACCCGUGGGAGCUCCCCGCCAAAGCCACCUUCGGCGACGGAGAGUGGUACUUCUUCAGCCCCAGGGAGCGGAAGUACCCCAACGGGUACCGCCCCAACCGGGCGGCGGCGUCCGGGUACUGGAAGGCGACCGGGAUCGACAAGCCUGUGGUCACCAGCUCAGGCAACUCCUAUAUUGGAGUGAAGAAGGCGCUCGUCUUCUACAAGGGGAGACCUCCGAAGGGUGUCAAGACGAACUGGAUCAUGCACGAGUAUCGCCUUGCUGAACCACCGAGCAAGAACAGCUACAAGCCCAUCGAGCUCAGAGACCUCUCCAUGAAGCUGGACGAUUGGGUUCUUUGCCGAAUCUACAAGAGGAACAGCAGCAGCACUCAGUCCUCAGCUGUGGAGGAUGUCUUCGUCCCAACUCCAUCAAUCACGACGCAUCAAUCCCUGUCGGAGCUCCUCCUCGACGCUGCCGACUACUCCGACGUGCUCGGUCUAGAGAACCGCCACGACAUCGACAGUAGUAGGAUUCACAGCAGUCGUCUCCCUCACAACCUGAAGCGCCAAUGGGUAGCAGAUGGCUGCUUCGGAGACCGCUAUGAAGCGUUGUCAUCUCCUGCAAAGAGACCAACGGGGUCGAGAAUUGGCACCGACCUGAUCGACGACUUCGAGUUCGAUCUCUGCAAUCCUCAACUGAUAUCAUACUCCUCCCACUUGGCCUGGCAAUGAAUUGGUACAGUCUCUGCGGAGAGGAAAGAACACAAACAAUUUGGUAGUGAUAUUAACUUGUAGCGUAGAGAGUUUGUGGAUAGGUGGCAAUUGGAGCAGGGAGUAGAAGCCAGGACUGGACCUGUACAUUUCAUGCUCUCUGCAAUCAAAUAUGAUGAGAUUGCUGUCCUCUAGCAACAGUACAAGAAGAAAUGGUUUCGAUGUCCUCUGUACUAUCAAUCAGAACACUUCUUUUAUCUUACAGUA